UGAGGGUUCUUCACCGAGCCUGAGGGAGGUUGCUGAGGGUGCCGUUGCCCAGAGCACGGAGGACAACGGAGGAGAGCUCGGCAGCUGCGCCAUGGACUGCCAGGAAACUUCAGGAAGUCCUAACUGAGCCGAGAAGACCCUGUUGUAUAGUGGCACUUUGAGUGUGGCCUUAAUACAGAGAAGUCCAAAGAAGAAGCAGUGUUGAUCUCCUGCCUUCACUUCUUGUUAGUGAGUGCAUCUGUCCCAUUGCUGCUGCUGCUACUGCUGCCGCCACUGCCACCAUCCUUCUGACAUUGGAACCCAGCUUUUUGUACUUUCCGGUGUGGACUGAAGACCAGAAGCUGUCCAGGUGUGCUCUGGGCCUGAGGCGCCAGAUUGAAGCUCUUGAGGCUUCUAGUCUUUGUGGAUGGAGCCUCUCUGUCAUGGAGACUGCCAUUAUUGGACUCUCCAGGCCAGAUCAGGACCUGGUGAGCUUUGAGGAUCUGGCUGUGCACUUCACCCAGGAAGAGUGGGAUUUGCUGGAUCCUUCCCAGAAGAGUCUCUAUGGAGAUGUGAUGCUGGAGACCUGCAGGAACUUCACUGCCAUCGGAUACGAAUGGGAAGACCAGAAAAUUGAAGAACAUAAUGAAGAUCCUGAAAUAAAUCUAAGGCACGUCAUAUCUCACUCUGAAUAUACACAGUAUGUACAUGAAGACUAUGAACAGAAGCCACAGGACUCCAAUUUUCUUACAAGUAUUGAAGGAUACACGGAAACUCAGACUUCAAGUGGGCCUUCUGAGUGUGAGGUGUGUUUAAAAUCCUAUGGACUGUAUCACCUAACUUAUAAUGGACAUCACAACUAUGACUACAAGGAGUGUGAAGGAAGUCAGACUGUUCGGAAAUGUUAUGAAUGCAACCAGUGUGGUAAAACCUUGAGUUCUUUCAAUUCUCUUCAAAGACAUCAGAAAAUUCAUAUUGAAGAAAGACCAUAUAAGUGUCAGCAGUGUAGUAAGGCCUUUAGAUGUCUCAAUGCCCUUCAGUCACAUGAAAGAAUUCACACUGGAGAAAAACCUUACGAAUGUAAACACUGUGGUACAGCCUUUAGCAGACUUACUCACCUGCGAUUACAUGAAAAAGUUCAUACUGGAGAAAAACACUAUGAAUGUAAACAGUGUGAUAUAGUUUUCAAGUCUCAGAGUUCCUAUCAUAGACAUAAAAUAAUGCAUGGAGAAACAUUUUAUAAUUGUAAAGAGUGUGGUAAAUCCUUCAUUUACCCCUCUUUACUUCAAAUGCAUGAAAGAACGCACACAGGUGAAAAGCCCUUUGAGUGUAAGCUGUGUGGGAAAGCUUUUAGAUAUCAUUCUUCCAUACGGUUACAUGAAAGAACUCAUACGGGAGAAAAACCUUAUGAAUGUAAACAUUGUGGUAAAGCAUUUACACGUCAGAGUUACCUUCAGUUUCAUGAAAGAAGCCACACUGGAGAGAAACCCUAUGAAUGUAAAGAAUGCGGUAAAGCUUUUAGGCAUCACUCUUACCUCCGAUUACAUGAAAGAAGACAUACUGGAGAGAAACCGUACGAGUGCGUGCAGUGUGGCAGAUCCUUCAGUCGGCAGAGUUCCUUUAAGAGGCAUCAGUCCGUCCAUGCUGUGGAAAACCCCUAUAAAUGUCAACAAUACCUACUUCCUUUAUCCCUGUUUCCUUCAAAUGAAUGAAAGAACUAAAACUAGCACUAAACCUUCUGCAUGUGAACAAUGUGAUAAAAUGCUUAUCCUAAUUCACAUAAAAGACAUCUAAGAACUCAAAAUAGUGAUGAGCUCUUAAAAAAUGUAGUAUAGCCUUUGGGAUCACAGGACUACAGUGCCCAUGAUAGUAUACCCUGCGGGGUCACAGGGGCUAUAGAGCCCACCAUAGUGUACCCUACAGGGUUACAGAGGCUAUAGAGCCCACCAUAGUGUACCCUACAGGGUCACAGGGACUAUAGAGCCCACCAUAGUGUACCC